UUGCGUGAGUCUGAUGCGGCUAAAACUCGACUUCGCAUUGACAAAGAUAAUUUGAUUACGGCUCUAGAAAAGACAAAAAAAGAUCUCAUCAAGGCUAAUCAUGUCAUUUCGAAGUACUUGAAGGCAGACAUGCGUAACUUAUCUGAAAGGAGUUUGGAUGAAAAGAAGAAUGAGAUGGCAGCAGAUUUGAAGAUGAAAGAAUCACUUAUUGAUGAAAUGACAGCUUCGAUUGCUGGUUACCAGAGAAGGAUUGAUGAGCUAACGAAAGAGAAUGCAGAACUCCGAAGCACAUUGCAGACAAUGGAAGUAGAAAGGGCAAGAAACGCUCGCGUUAUUGAAAUGUAUCGCAAUCAACAACGUGCUGUUGCUUUUCGUUCUGUAGAGGCAUCUCCGCCAAUUUUCGGGCUUACGAGUGCUCCUUCCAUUCUUGGUACCGCAACAGGCCCGCUUAGCACCUUUGCUCCUUCAACGCCCACGAAUUUCAGAAACGUUCUAGGCAAAACUUUGCAAUCUAGCACUGCGUUAUUGACACCAUCAAUGCGUAAUACCCCACCUGCAUUGAAUACCAGAUCGCAUUUCACUAAUUCUAAGGAGAAGUGA